UUAUCAUGAUUUUACUCAAUGUUGUAAAAACUUUGCAUAAAUUCCUGAGUAAUUGUUGUACAACAUUGGGGAAGUAUUGACCAACUCAGUUGGCUGUUUAACGCUCAUUCAAUCUGGGGAGAAUUUACUCAUUAAGAGAGCAAAAUCAUACCACACAUUGAGCAAAAUUCAGUCAAAUGUUGUGGUGGUUCAGCCCGUGCGGCGGUCUUUGUCAGUUGGAAGCACGAGACCAACAGAACCAGUCAAAAAGAAUUAAUUUUGCCAUUUUGAGUUGCAAAAUUAAAUUUACGCCAAAAUGGGUGAUUUUGUUGAAAAAGUUCUCGAGAUUGCAGGGCUGGUGGAACUCAUCGCAACAUUCAAAGGUAAAACUUAAUUGUAAAUCAGUAUUAAUUAAUUUAAUAAUAUUUUUUUUCAAUCUUGCAGAUCAAGACGUGGACGAAAAUGUGCUUCGCAAACUGCCAGAUUGCCAAGUCGGAUCGCUUGAAGAGCGUCUUUUAGCUGAUAUCGUUCCAUCAAUUGGACGGAGGCUAAAAAUUAUUAAUGCAAUCAGGGAAGUCGCCGCCAAAUCCAGUGAACAGCAGCUGGCAUCGAGAGACGAGGAAAAUAUGUACAAAUUAGUGCUGAUUAAUAAUGAAGAAACAUUCUCACAAUCCAAUAACAAUUUUGAGCAAGAAUCUAUUUGCUCCGUAAACAUUUCUGAGGGCGAUAAAUGUUUGUCACUGUCAGAUCAGUUAUUUGUGAGUAACGAAGUAACAAUUUGGAUGGUCACAUAA